UAAUGGUUACCAUAUAUAACACGUGGAAACAAGGAGGAGGAAGAAGAAGAAGAAGAAGAAGAAAAACAAAAGGUUGUUUGUCUGGCAACAAGAAAACCAGUUUCAUUCUCUUUGCUCCGAUAUUCACGAAGAGAGGGAGAGAAAUAGAAAUCUAAAUAUAUAUAAUAUUUUUUAUAUCGAUCUAUGCAACCGUCGCUAAAGGCUUGGAUUCGAGACACAGGAUUAUUAGAAAUUGUUGCUAAAGGUUUCUCUAAUGAACUGGUUUGAUAAGCUGCGUUGUUCUUCUAAUCUGAGCCGCGUAAUUGCGGGACUUUUGAUCUUCAUUUUGUUUCAUUCUUUUCAAUUAAUUUCUAAUUUCUUGAUUCCUAUACACCCUUUAAAACAUUUUUAAUUUCUGGUCCAAUUUUCUCUUUUACCUCAAUUCCUAUUUCUCUCUUAUCUAUCGAUUUGCUUGUGAUCUCUCUCGCAAAAUCAACAAUGGAUGGCACCGACGUCUCCUCGUCUCUCCGCGAUCUCCUUCUCGACGGCACUUUUGCCUCACAUAUUGAGAGGCAAAAUAGUUCACCACCUUCUGUCAUCGUGAUUGGUGCUGGUAUUUCAGGGCUUGCUGCUGCAAGAGUCCUCUAUGAUGCAUCCUUUAAGGUCAUCUUGCUUGAAUCACGUGAUAGACUUGGUGGCCGAAUUCAUACUGACUAUUCAUUUGGUUACCCAGUGGAUUUGGGAGCAUCAUGGCUACAUGGUGUCUGCAAUGAGAAUCCUUUGGCUCCGCUCAUACGCUCUUUGCGGCUCACAUUAUACAAGACUAGUGGUGACAACUCUGUGUUAUAUGACCAUGAUCUGGAGAGUUGUACACUAUUUGAUAUGAAUGGACAUCAGGUUCCAAAAGAGCUGGUCAUAGAAGUUGGAGAUAUAUUUAAGAGAAUACUCAAGGAGACGGAGAGAAUAAGAGAUGAACACCCUGAUGACAUGUCUAUCCUCCAAGCAAUUAAGCUUGUGUUAGAUAGGCAUUCAGAACUAAGGCAAGAAGGAAUUGCAAAUGAAGUGUUGCAAUGGUACAUUUGUAGGAUGGAAGCUUGGUUUGCUGUAGAUGCUGAUAUGAUAUCACUGAAAAUGUGGGAUCAGGAGAAUGUUCUUUGUGGUGGUCAUGGACUUAUGGUACAAGGCUAUGACCCUAUAAUAAAGGCUCUUGCAAAAGACAUUGAUAUACGCCUGAAUCACAAGGUUACAAAGAUAUGCAAUGCGCUCAACAAGGCGAUGGUUGUGGUUGAAGAUGGGAGGAACUUUAUAGCUGAUGCUGUUAUUGUAACAGUACCUCUUGGAAUUCUUAAAGCAAAUUUAAUUCAGUUUGAACCUAAGUUGCCAGACUGGAAGGUUGCUGCAAUUUCAGACCUGGGAGUUGGCAGUGAAAAUAAGAUUGCACUGCAAUUUGAUGAAGUAUUUUGGCCAAAUGUGGAACUCUUGGGCAUUGUUGCACCCACUUCUUAUGCUUGUGGUUAUUUUCUUAAUCUACACAAGGCAACUGGCCAUCCUGUACUUGUCUAUAUGGCUGCUGGAAGAUUUGCGUAUGAUCUUGAGAAGCUAUCUGAUGAGUCUGCUGCAACUUUCGUGAUGCUACAGCUCAAGAAAAUGUUUCCUCAUGCCACGGACCCGGUUAGGUAUCUUGUAACACGAUGGGGAACAGACCCGAAUUCACUUGGUUGUUAUACAUAUGACGUGGUUGGAAAGCCGGACGAUCUCUACGAUAGGCUUCGUGCACCCUUAGGUAAUCUUUUCUUCGGAGGGGAAGCUGUUAGUAUGGACCACCAGGGAUCUGUGCAUGGAGCUUACGCAUCAGGUCUUAUGGCUGCCGAGAACUGUCAGAGGCAUGUAUUAGAGAAACUCGGUACUAUGGAGAAACUCCAAUUAGUACCUUUUAGGACUGCCAUUCAUGAGGCUGCAAUUCCCCUUCAAAUCUCAAGGAUGUAAAUCUUUCAUUUCAUGAAGUAUGGAUAUGCUUUAGGAUUUUGUACUAAUAAAAUCGGUGACAUUUGAUUUUCAUCUAGACAAAAUUUAUUAUCAAGCUCUCCAACUUUUUAAUUUUA